AUGGCUGAAGUAGCGGCUCUCCUGGAGCAAGAGAGAGCUAGAACACCAAAGGAGAGAUUUUACGCACGAAGACCUCCUUACCCUCUAAAGGUACUUAACAAACCAUACCCCGAGAGGUAUGAGCCAAGGACCUUUGCACAGUACGAUGACAGGAAGGGAAGUGCAAUAGAGCACGUGAGCAAAUUUAUUGAUACCCUUGGCCCUUACGCAGCAGAUGAAGACUUAUGUCUGCAGGAAUUUUCAAAGUCACUGUGUGACUGGGCAUACACCUGGUACAUUGGCUUAAAACCAGGAUCGAUCCCAACUUGGGAUGACAUGGUGGAUGUAUUUUGCACUAAGUACUUCCACGGAGAAGAAACGGUAACGCAAGCAACUCUGCAAGCAACCAAGCAAAAGAAUGGCGAGGAUUUAAUGGAAUACAUCAAACGGUUCAGGGACAUAGCACUUGACUGCUACGACCACUAUGAAGAAAGGACGUUAGUGGAAAUGUGCAUGACCAACAUGAUUCAGGAAUUCAGAGCUGUCCUGAAAAAUCUAGAAAUUUCCCAGUUCGCGCAGCUAUUGCAGAAAGCUAGAAAGACAGCUCAGUCUGUAAAACCCAGUUCAGAAAAAAGAAAUGCCACGCAAGCUAUGGUAGUGUCCACUGGAGAGCGGAGAAGGAAAAUAGAGGGAAGGGAGUAUGAUACGCCCCCACCCUUACCAUGUACUCCUAAGAAGCCGGAUGUGCUACUUAACAAGUGGAUAGUGGAUGGGAUCUUUAAACCCAACCAGGUUUCCAGAGGGCCCACGGAGGAAGAAAGGAGAGAUCGUCGCUUCUGCCGCUUGCACAACUAUGUACAACGUCCCACCGCAGAAUGCUGGGCGUUUCGCAGGUUGGUGCAUCGCAGGAUUAAAGAAGGCACAUUGGAGCUAACCCAGCAGGAAGUUCAAAGAAACCCGUUCCCAAACCACAAGGGAAAGGGUGUAGCAGCAAUAGUAAUAUGCGCAGACCCGGGAGAAGAUGAGAAAGAAAACUUGGCCCUGCCCGCCGCGGUGAUUACCACUCUACAGCAAAGUGCCAAGUUCAAAAAUCUAUUUGACCAGUUGGGACUUACAGCAAAAGAAAGGAAAAUAGCCACGGAGGCUUUGGUAAGUAUCGCCUCCGAGGCAGGGGUGGAGUGCCUAUUGGCAAAAAUGCCAGAAGACAGAGCCCUCCUACAAGAAUCAACAGAAAUCAUGUUCAGCAAUGAGGAUAUGGAGGUAGGACACCCGGAUCACAAGAGGCCUCUCUAUUUAGCAGCAUCCAUAAAUCAAAUCCCCAUCAAGAGGGCUUUGGUGGAUAUAGGUGCCUCCGUAAACCUCAUUCCGUUGAGCACCUUGCAAGCAGCAGGAAUUUCAGAAAGAAAGAUCCAAGGAUGCCCGAUAGAAGUAACGGGGUUCGGUGGAAGAGGUGAGUACACCGCAGGCCACAUUCAGUUGUGGUUGAAAGUAGGCCCUAUUGCUUCUUUAGCUCAUUUCCAUGUGGUCAGAACGGAAGUAUCCUAUCAUGUGCUUUUGGGAAGGUCCUGGUUACAUAAACACUGA